AUGUCUUUCCUCUUUGGCGGCCCUCCCAAGAUGUCCUCGGAGCAGAAGAUUGCUGCCGCUGAGACCGAGGUGGAGAUGAUUUCCGACAUGUUCAGCCGCCUGACCCAGUCCUGCAUCAAGAAGUGCGUGCCCACCGACUACCGCGAAGGCGAUCUCAACAAGGGCGAGUCUGUCUGCCUCGACCGCUGCGUGGCCAAGUUCUUCGAGGUCAACAUUAAGGUCAGCGAGAAGAUGCAGGGUGAGGCCGCCCGCGGACAGGGUGGCAUGGGU